GUCACGGCAGCCGCUCCUGAUUGGCGACCGCGGCGGUCACGGGCCAGGCGCUAGGGGAUUGACGCCGCCUGUGGCCAGAGCCAGAGUAACGGGACUCCCAGCGGCGCGUCGCAGUCCCGACGAGAGCAGGGCUGGAGUCGGUGCCCAGCAGAGAGCCACCUGGUGGGAGCCUGGCCGGGACGCGCGCACCAUGCCUUACCUCCUCAUCAGCACCCAGAUCCGCAUGGAGGUGGGCCCCACUAUGGUGGGUGAUGAACAGUCGGAUCCAGAGCUGAUGCAGCAUCUGGGGGCUUCAAAGAGAAGUGUCCUAGGAAACAACUUUUAUGAAUACUAUGUCAAUGACCCUCCCCGCAUAGUCCUGGACAAGCUGGAACGCAGGGGCUUCCGUGUGCUGAGCAUGACGGGGGUGGGCCAGACGCUGGUGUGGUGCCUGCACAAGGAGUGACCUUCUCACACUGAUCUGCAGCCGGGGCGCCCCUGUGGAUGGGCUGCUGUGGGCCCUGACCUCCAAGCUCCGGCCUCACCAACUGCCUUGCCCCUGUCUUCCCAAAUCGUCACUGCCAUCUGCCCAGCCUCAAGGGGCGGUGAAUGGCCUUCUAUGAAACCCUGCCUCAAACAGUGGGAGAGGGCAGGGCCCGUUGCCCUGGUGCUCCCAGCUGCCCUGCUGCUUUGGGCCUGAGCGGAGGGCACUGGGUAGGCCAUGUCCUCGGGCAGCUUCCCGGGCCGGAGCUGGGCACCCCAGGGCCCCUGGCGUGUGGCUCCUGCAUAGCUAGCCCAAGCCAAUAAAGGACUGUGAUGAGUGUUUGCGCCUGUGCUCUGCUUGU